AUGUCCUCUGUUGAAUCAGCUAAGAAAUUGGCCGCCUACCGUGCCGUUGACGAAAACUUCCCACCUGCUGCCAAAGUUGUUGGUAUCGGGUCAGGAUCCACUGUCAUUUAUGUUGCGGAACGUAUCGGACAACUUGACAACAAGUCUGACUUUGUUUGUAUUCCUACCGGAUUCCAAUCACAACAAUUGAUCAUCGACAAUGGAUUGAGAUUGGGAACCAUUGAGCAAUUCCCACACAUUGACAUUGCAUUUGAUGGUGCUGAUGAAGUUGCCCCAAAUUUGGAUUGUAUUAAAGGUGGUGGUGCAUGUUUGUUCCAAGAGAAAUUAGUGGCUGCUGCAGCUGACAAAUUUAUCGUUGUUGCCGAUUAUCGUAAGAAGUCUGAAGUUUUGGGCAGACAAUGGACUCAAGGUAUCCCAAUUGAAAUUGUUCCUAAUGCUUAUGCCAAGGUUAUCAAUGACUUGAAGAAAUUGGGAGCUAAGAAGGUAGACUUGAGAUCAGGAGGUAAGGCUAAGGCUGGACCUGUCAUUACUGACAACCAUAACUUCUUACUUGACGCUGAUUUCGGUGAUGUCAAGGAUGCAAAGAAGUUGCAUGAUGAAAUCAAGGCUCUUGUUGGUGUUGUUGAAACCGGGUUGUUUACUGAUUUGGCUCAAAAGGCAUACUUUGGUGAAGAAAACGGGGAAGUUAGUACUUGGACUAAGUAA